AUGACAGACCAUUCUGCAGCAAUCAAGGUCGUGACAUGCUUCCUCCUCAUCGUCUCCUUCAUCGCUGUCGUAGCCUGUUUGACGACAAACUGGCAGGUUCUGAGGAGGAAGGUGUCUAGUGUGGCGCUCCUUUUGAGCACUUUGAUCGCAUCAAUUGCCUCCGGGGCAGCUGUAUCCGUCGCUGCUACUCAUGGCUUGGGACAAGAUUCCCCUCUCUCAGAUGGCCAGGUGGUCGUCAUGCAGAAGGCCCUCUAUUCCAUGGAGGUGCUGUAUGUUUUGACGCUGGGACUGGGAAAGCUGUCUGUCAUGGUUCUCUUCUACAGUCUGCUCUCGUCGACAGGCCAGUCGAAGUCUGUCCUGGCAGCGACAGGUCUACUUUUGGUAUGGGUUGUGGUGAUGGCCAUCGUGGUAUGCCUACAAUGCCAUCCACCUGAAGUUUGGAAUAUCGUCGGCGGAAAGUGUCUUGACCUGUCCGGGAUUUGGAUAGCAUUCGGAGUCAUGAACGUCUUGGUCGAGAUUAUGAUCAUCGCAGUUCCAUCCUUCAUCAUAUUCCGCCUGCAACUGGGUCUGAAGAGGCGUUUAGUGGUAAUAAGCUGCUUCGGUAUCCGGAUCCUGUAUGUCGCAAUACUUUACCAAGACUUCGACACUUCUGACCUCUCUUCUAGGGAUAUCGCGGGCAGCAUUGUACAGCUAUGCUACGUCCGUAAUUUCAAGCUUCACGCCGACUCUCCUCUACCGACCAAUGUCUGGCAAUGGGCGAUUUGCAGUCAAGUGCUUCAAACAGUGGCUAUCCUAUCUGCCUGUGUGCCAUACCUUCGAGAAUUUCUGGAGUCGUUCCCUAGUGGUAUGUUUAAGCCGACGGAGCUCAAACAUCCUACGGUGCAGUCGGCAUACAAUGCGACCAAGUGUUCGGACAGUGAUAUAGAAUUAAUGAGACCGGAAUCGACAAAAGAUACUUAG